AUGUUGGUGAGCGUCGGUGCACUCGCAACAUUGAGUGUGUGGCGUGCUGCAUUAUUCACUCAACUAACAUUCCAGUACCUAACAAUAUUAUCUGUAAAAACUGGUUUCCAAGAAAGGGCGACAAGAAAUACGCCCCUGGCUGUACCCGGCACACCACGCCCCUGGCUGUACCCGGCACACCACGCCCCUGGCUGUACCCGGCACACCACGCCCCUGGCUGUACCCGGCACACCACGCCCCUGGCUGUACCCGGCACACCACGCCCCUGGCUGUACCCGGCACACCACGCCCCUGGCUGUACCCGGCACACCACGCCCCUGGCUGUACCCGGCACACCACGCCCCUGGCUGUACCCGGCACACCACGCCCCUGGCUGUACCCGGCACACCACGCCCCUGGCUGUACCCGGCACACCACGCCCCUGGCUGUACCCGGCACACCACGCCCCUGGCUGUACCCGGCACACCACGCCCCUGGCUGUACCCGGCACACCACGCCCCUGGCUGUACCCGGCACACCACGCCCCUGGCUGUACCCGGCACACCACGCCCCUGGCUGUACCCGGCACACCACGCCCCUGGCUGUACCCGGCACACCACGCCCCUGGCUGUACCCGGCACACCACGCCCCUGGCUGUACCCGGCACACCACGCCCCUGGCUGUACCCGGCACACCACGCCCCUGGCUGUACCCGGCACACCACGCCCCUGGCUGUACCCGGCACACCACGCCCCUGGCUGUACCGGCACACCACGCCCCUGGCUGUACCCGGCACACCACGCCCCUGGCUGUACCCGGCACACCACGCCCCUGGCUGUACCCGGCACACCACGCCCCUGGCUGUACCCGGCACACCACGCCCCUGGCUUUAACCAUUGUAUAUAA